AUGAACAUUGUUACGGCUCAGGAUAAUCACAGUAAUGUUGAGACUACUCACUCCAAAAGCGGCGAGGCACUGUCUCUCUUUUUGAGCAAUCUUAUUGCCAAGGCUUCCAAGAUUGAAAUCGUGAGCGAUAACGCAAAGAAGAGAGGAGUUUGCGAAUGCAAGAUCAAGCAGCGCUGCAAUCGCUUGUCUAUUCGUCGCAAUCAGCGAUGGAAUGACAAUACAAGGGGAGAAAGCAAAACUUGCCCCCCUAUCAGCAGUAGCAACAACAUCAUGAGCAAUCUUCCACAACGUAGAUUGUCCAUUGAACGUCGGGAUUCUUCGUCGUCGGAAUUCAGUUGGCUUCCUUUGCAUGAUGACGAUGACGAUGAUAUUUGUUCGAAUGUCAGCCUCGAUACCUUUGAUUGCAGUCUUCGAAGCUGUGAUUCUUUGGCUGAUUCCGACCGUUGGCGUGCAAUGAUAAUGUCAAGGUGGAAGCUGGAAGAGCAUUCAAACCGAGAGCGCCCGACACAUUAG